CUACUUCCUCUCCCUCCGUCCAAAAUCCCUAGCUUUAUCAACCAUAGUUCCACAUACUCCGUGUUAUUUUCUUACGAAUUGAGAUUUGGGGUGAAAUUUUAGCUUUUCGAUGUUUCCGCAACCCUAGGUUCUCCACUUCGUGCUUCUGGAUUAAGAUCUAAGCUCGGACUUAUACUAAUCGGGAUGAACAAGGGAGGUGUAGGAGAUGGGCCUACUGCCGCCGCCGCCGCAGCGGCCGCUCAGAAGCAGAAGAAUUUGUUGCAGAGAGUCGAUAACGAUAUUGGAAGCAUAGUUGACAAUUUCAGCUUCAUUGUCAAUGUUGCCCGGGUAAAUGAUCCGCCGGUUAGAAAUUCCCAAGAAGCUUUUAUGAUGGAGGUUCGAGCAUCCCGAAUGGUUCAGGCAGCCGACUCGCUGCUCAAGUUGGUGUCCGAGUUGAAACAAACCGCCAUCUUCUCUGGAUUCGCGUCCUUGAACGAUCACGUGGAACAAAGAUGUGAAGAAUUUGAGCAACUAGCAGAGAAAACCGAGCGGGCGCUAAGUGGGGUUGCAGAGGAUGCCGCUGCGAGCCUCAAAGAACUUGAAUCACAUUAUUACUCUUCUGCCCACCGAAAUAGUCUCAUUUGUGAGGACUGUGAACUAGAAUGAUGAUGAUGAUGAUGGAUGAUGAUGAUGAUGAUUCUCCAAAUGUGACAUGUAGAAUGACAAGUGUGGAGUUUGUUUUUUCUUGAUUUUGACCCCAUCCAUCCUUCCUACCCUUUAGCUGAAUUGUUAUGGUCUAGGCUCUUACUUUUCUGGUCCAACUGAAGUGUUUAAUCUUACUUUAGGUCUGGAAGUGAUGGCUUAGUUUAUGUUCCACCUUACCUUUCAUUCUGCAAUUAAACUCACAAUUUCUUU